AUGCUUCGCUAUAUCCACAAGCUUCAAACCAAGGAUCUUUCCCUUGUGAAUGCCAUGAUACCUCUCGGUUCUUGUACGAUGAAACUCAAUGCUACGGCGGAGAUGGUCCCAGUGACGUGGAACGAAUUUGGCGGACUGCACCCGUUCGCGCCGCGAGAGCAAGCGGAGGGGUAUCAGACUCUAUUUUCACAGUUGGAAACGUGGUUAGCUGAGAUAACAGGUUAUAGUGGUAUCUCAUUGCAGCCGAAUGCGGGUUCACAAGGUGAAUACGCAGGACUGUUAGUCGUCCGAAAAUACCACCAGAGCCGCGGUGAGUCGCAUCGCGAUGUGUGUUUAAUACCAACAUCUGCUCACGGCACAAAUCCUGCGAGUGCUGUGAUGGCAGGUAUGCAAGUUGUCGUUGUCGCGUGCGAUACGGAUGGGAAUAUUGACCUCGAAGAUCUCCAAUUAAAAGCUGACAAGCAUCGUGAGAAUCUUGCUGCUGCCAUGAUUACAUACCCGUCAACACACGGGGUCUUUGAAGAGAAAAUUCGAGAGAUUUGCGAUAUUGUUCAUCAAUCCGGUGGACAGGUCUACAUGGACGGUGCGAAUCUGAAUGCCCUUGUUGGAAUCGGGCAGCCGGCAGAUAUUGGAGCGGAUGUGUGCCAUUUGAAUCUCCACAAAACUUUCUGUAUCCCACACGGCGGCGGUGGACCGGGGAUGGGACCCAUUGGGGUCAAGGCGCAUCUCAGAGAUUUCUUGCCCACACAUCCACUUGUCACUGUCGGUGCUGCCCCCUGGGGAAGUUCAGGAAUUCUGCCUAUCUCUUGGGCAUAUAUUGCGAUGAUGGGGACGCAGGGGCUUACGGCAGCAACAGAAGUUGCGAUCCUUAACGCUAACUAUAUUGCCAAACGGCUCGCACCACAUUAUCCUGUCCUUUAUACUGGAAAAAACGGCUUAGUUGCUCACGAAUGUAUCAUUGAUUUGCGUGCCUUCAAGAAAAGUGCCGAUAUAGAUGUGACCGAUGUCGCAAAGCGACUGAUGGACUACGGGUUCCACGCACCGACUGUCUCCUGGCCCGUACCGGGGACGAUGAUGAUUGAACCGACAGAAAGCGAAUCGAGGGCGGAGUUAGAGCGGUUCUGUGACGCUCUCAUUUCAAUACGUGAAGAGAUUACGGAGAUUGAGGCGGGCAUUGCUGAUCAGGUAGACAAUGUAUUGAAGAAUGCGCCUCACACCGUAGAAAUGGUUACACAAUCUGAGUGGGAUCAUUCCUAUUCACGUGAAAGAGCCGUGUUUCCGAAACCUUGGGUCCGCGAGGCUAAAUUUUGGCCCGCAGUCGCACGUAUCAAUGAGGUUUAUGGGGAUAGGAAUCUUAUGUGCACCUGCCCACCCGUUAGUGAAUAUUAA